CUACGAGCAGCGUUUAGCGUUAGCAUUUUCAAAUUAAUCUGCACCAUUAAAAUUUUAUCAUAAACACUAACGCUAUUUCCAAACAGGCACUACUUCUAUGAAAAUAAGAAUUUUAAAAAAGUACACGUUGAUCCUCACUACAUAUCUCAUGACUUCACUUCAAAAUCGUAGUCGCAUUUGGUAUCAAUAAAUAAUUUUGUUGGGUGCUGUGGAGCGGGCUCCGGGCCUGAGCCCAGCUAUUAUUACAUUACCGAGUCCUAUAAAACAAAGGGGGGAAUGCCAUUCAUCCCCCCGUUUUCAGGCUUCACCUCUUCGGUGGUUCAUAUUAUUCCAGCAGCUCCGCCAUGGCGGAAUGUGUGUGAAAAAUCAGAGAUUUCAUCAUCUUCUUCUGAUGAUGAUGAUGACGGUGGUAGUGAAGAAACUCGUUCUGACAGCUCUGAUGAUGAUUCAGGGCGGAUCACUGCCUGCACUCCGGCGAAGAGGAGGAAAUUGUGGUGGAAUCCGGUCACUCCUGAAGCAGAUUGCUGCCCUGAUUCCAUUGUUGAGUACUUGAACACGCCUCUAUCUAAGCGUAGGAUUUCGGGGGAGUUGAAUAUGAAGGUGAAGAAACAUCUCUCGUAUUCCGGAUGGGCCAUUGAAUCUUUGAGGACUCAAAAUGGAAAUAGAAUGCGAUAUGUUUCGCCCGAUGGGAAAAUAUACAUGUCCCUCACUCAAAUUUGUCACCAGCUUAACCCUAAUGUUGAGGAAUGUGUUUCUGUUACUGUGGCUGAUCGUACCGUGAAGCCCAACCCAAAUGUUGAGGAAUGUGUUUCUGUUCCUGUGGUCGGUCAUACGGAGAAUCCCAACCCUAAUGAUGAAGAAUGUGUUGUUUCUGUGGUGGAUUGUAUGGCGAAGCCAAAGGCAUGUCGAGAGCUUUAUGCGUCUUCUCCUUGCAAAGCCACUGUUGAAGAUUCUGAUCAUGGAGAGGAUCCUCAGGCUAUUAGUGAUUAUAUGUUUUUGUGCAAAAUUAAAAGUGUAAAUCCCAAAACAAGGGCACUCAAGGCAGAAGCUAAGUUUAAAGCCAUGAAUCAUCUGGUUCACUGCAAAUGGGAGCUGUUUAAAAGCCCCAAAAAAGACAAAUUGGAAUAUCGCUACAAGGCUCCGAAUGGGAAAGUGUUUUACUCUCUUUUCACAGCUUGCGAAUGGUAUGCACGAGAAACAAAUGUCGGAGGCCUGAAGACUUUGGGAAGUGUUGCUGGAUCAAAUGAUAAAGAAAAAGAUGACGAAGAAGUGGUUUUUGGAGUUGGUAAAUAUAGAAAGAAAUUGAAGUUUUGCUUGGAUGAAUCCAAAACAAGUUUAAUUAGAGAUUCUUCUCAGUCUCAAACCAGUAAGCUUGUAUCCUGUAAAAGUAAAAAGGGCAAUAUCUUGUCACGGCUGGUAGAGAGCAAUGUGAUUCCUCUUGAAGCAAAGGUGCAAUACAGGAAGAAGGAUGGAUCUGUGUUAAAGGACGGAAGAAUUACCAGUGAUGGAAUACUUUGUGAUUGCUGCCAGCAAGUUUAUGGACUCAGUAGCUUUGAAGCUCAUGCAGGAAGUACAAACCACAGGCCUUCGGCAUUUACAUUCUUGGAAGAUGGAAGGUCGAUAGCCGAGUGUCAAUUACAGGAAAAACAGAAUGGCAACCUUAAACACUCCAACUUUAUAGAACAUGAUAUUAUCUGUUCUGUCUGUCAUGAUGGCGGUGAAUUACUUCUUUGUGAUAAGUGUCCAUCCGCGUUUCAUACUGGUUGCCUUGGUCUAGAGGAGGUUCCACCUGGUGAUUGGUUCUGCGCAUCUUGCUGUUGUGGAAUUUGUCACCAGGGUGGAUUUCAUGAGAAUGAAAACCACCAGUUCACAGAUAAUAGUUAUCUUUGCUGUUAUCAAUGCCAAUGCCAAUAUCAUGUUGGGUGUGUUAAAAGUAGGGGUCUACUUGAGCUGGACAGCCCUCCUCCAGGAAAGUGGUUUUGCAACUACAAAUGCCAACAGAUAUUUUCAGGUCUUGUUCAACUGUCAGGAAAACCAAUUCCAGUGGAGUCAGUUAAUCUGCUAACUUGGACGUUAUUGGAUUCUAGAGAUGAUAAGAGAUAUAGCAAGCUUAGAGCUGCCCUUGAUGUGAUGCACGAGUGUUUCGAGCCCAUUAGGGAAUAUCUAACUCAGAGUGAUGUUGUUGAGGAUGUUAUUUAUAAUAAACGGAACGCUAAGCUACGCCGUUUAAAUUUUCAAGGGUUCUAUACUGCCAUCCUGGAAAAAAAUGAUGAAAUUGUUACGGUGGCUACAGUAAGGGUUCAUGGAGAAAAGGCAGCUGAGAUCCCAUUUGUUGCCACAUCGUUCAAACACCGGGGACUUGGAAUGUGUCGCAUUUUAAUGAACCAGCUAGAGAAGAAACUUUCAGAACUGGGAGUGCAGAGAAUAAUUGUGCAAGCCAUUCCUGCAGCAAAGAACACAUGGACCAGUUCGUUUGGCUUCUCGGCGAUGACAAAAGCAGAGAGGCUGAAUUUGUCGGACUGCACUUUUGUCAACUUCUAUGGUACAGAUAUGUGCCAGAAGCUGUUACGAAACGACACAUCAACAGGAUCAAAUGAGGUUGAUGGCAUUUGUCCUGUUUCACUAGCUUCGCAACCUGAAGAAAUUCAUAGCAGUGCAGGGCUUGAAGAUCAAACACGAGACGAGAUUAUUUCUUCACUGCUGGGCUUCAAAUAGGGUGACAAUGUAGAUCCUCUGCCAUUCUUUUAUUUGCUCUAGCAAUCAUUAAGGUCAGGUGUGAAUGAGCAAAUAGACAUUUGAAUUACAGAAUGCAACAAAAUGAAUUAUAUGAACGUGCAUGCAUCAAUUCCGCAAUGUUCAUGCCCUAAUUUUGUGCAAAAAAUAUAUAUAAAUAAAUGUGCGAUAUAAACAUUGUGUAACUUCUGAAUGUGUAUAUAUCGGAUAUACAAUAAGCAUCAUAUCCUAAUACAGAGUACUAAGUAUAAGAAUUCGGAAAGGGUGAAUAUAAGUGAUGAAACAUU